CAUCAUUUGUUUCUGUUUAACGAGCUUGCGUGCAGAAAACAUACGCGACACAAACACUGUAAGGUAAAACAUGGCGAGGUUAAGCGAGCAUGGGAUUCGUUUGAGUUCGAUGAGUCCUUCCUUCUUAAACAGCAACUCGACGAGUCACACCUGGCCGUUCAGCGCGGUGGCAGAGUUAAUAGACAAUGCAUCAGAUCCUGGUGUGACAGCUAAACAGAUCUGGAUAGAUGUAGCUGAAGAAUCUACUCACCUCUGUCUAACUUUCACUGACAAUGGCAGUGGCAUGACCCCCAACAAGCUGCACAAGAUGCUCAGCUUUGGUUUUACAGAAAAAGGUUCAGGUAAGGCCAGUCAACAGGCCAUCGGCGUGUAUGGGAACGGUUUCAAGUCUGGCUCCAUGCGUCUGGGCCGCGACGCGCUUAUCUUCACCAAGAAUGGCGGCUGCCAGACUGUGGGGAUGUUGUCUCAGACGUACCUGGAAAACAUCAAGGCUCAGGCUGUCAUCGUCCCCAUUGUACCAUUCAACCAGCAAACCAAGUCUCUGGUGGUGACCGAGGACUCAGAAGCCAGCUUAGCUGCCAUCCUCCAAAACUCCAUCAUCAGCUCCCAGGAGCAGAUGCAUGCUCACUUUGACUCCAUUCCCUCCAAAAAAGGCACCAAGAUUUUAAUCUGGAAUAUUCGCAGGGCCAAAGAUGGAAACCCAGAAAUCGACUUUGAGACUGAUGAGAGUGACUUCCGUUUGCCUGAGAUUCAGAUCGAGGAGCUGAAAAAGGGUCUGAGGAGCAGUGGGUCCCUGAGAGCCGAACAGAACAUCCCAGAUAUGCACUACAGUCUAAGAGCCUACCUCACUAUCUUGUACCUGAAGCCGAGGACACAGAUAAUACUGAGGGGGAAGAAGAUUCUGGCUAAACUGGUGUCAAAGAGGCUGAUGAACAUUGAACAUGACGUGUAUAAACCCCACUUCAGUAAGGAGAAGGUGAAGGUGAUGUUUGGGUUGAACCCAAAAAACAAAGACCACUACGGCAUCAUGAUGUACCACAAGAACCGGCUCAUUAAAGCCUACGAGAAAGUGGGCUGCCAACUGAAGACUUCAGGUCAAAGGUCAGGAGUCGGGGUCAUCGGGGUCAUCGAGUGUAACUUUCUCAAACCGGCUCACAACAAGCAAGACUUUGAAUACACCAAAGAGUACAGACUCACCCUGGGUGCAUUAGGCCUAAAACUCAACGACUACUGGAAAGAGGUGGCAGAGAGGAAGGCCAGAGAGCGAGAGUUUCAGGCUGUCGACAAAGAUGAAGACGAUGAAGAGCAUAGAGAUGAUAAGGCUCCUGUGUGGUUACAGUGUGAAGACUGCCUGAAGUGGCGAAACGUUCCUACAAGUCAUUACAAAGUGGUUCCUGAAAGCUGGAACUGCAGCCAGAACCCAAAUCCACGAUACAGAAGCUGCUCCUCUCCAGAGGAAGCAGACGACAGCGAGGAGCAGUUGACACCCAGUUACCAAAAAAACCUCAAGAAACAAGAUCUUCCAAAAAGCCGAAAAAGAGAAAAAUCAUUAGAGGUAUGUGGGUUUCAGGACCAAGGUGUGAAAUGUCAAAUCCUCUCACGCAGUUCAUCGGAGCCAAGCCAGCCCACCUUCCAAACCACAAACACACUUUCUCGCAAGAGCAGUGCAGACAGAUGCCACACGCAGGAAAUCACACCAGAACCAGAUCAGAGAAACUCAGAUCAGAUGGCAGAUUGCCAUACGGAAACUCAGACGCAUGGUGGUAAUGAGAAAACACAAGGUUCAGUCACAGCUGAGGCCUCAAGCCCAGGACAGAAAGCUGCAGGAGCUGACACGGUCUUUAAGUACCAGAAUCAAGCCGCGCCAAGAGAAACUGAUGAGGAAGAGAAUGAUGAAGAGACGGACACCAACAUGGAGGAGACGGAGAGAGAAGAUCACAACAUGAACUUCUUAAGCCUCAAAAGGAAACUGGGCUCUUUAUUCUCCUAUGUGAACAAGAAGCCAUGUCCCAUGGAGGAGCAACACCCUUCCUCUAAAAAUAUGGCAGAGGAUAGGAAUCCUGAGAAACAAGCAACUAAACUAGGGCAGACAAAGCAGGACAGCAGCAGGCGAGUGGAGAAAAGAGACAACACGGCACAGCGAGCCCCCACCAGCCUCCCCUGGACCCACUCGUUCCCCUCCACCCAGACUGUAAUGGUUUCUCCACUCAGUCGAAACGAGUGGUCAUGGAGCAGAUCAGGGCCUCCAGAACGGAGUGACAGAGAGGCCAACGUGCAGAAGCUGGUCGUGUUGGAGAAAGAGGCCCAGAGGCUUCGUAGGCUUUUAUGUCUGCAAGUCACAAAGAUAACUCAAGGCACGAUGACGGAGACUGAUAGCGGCGCCUGGAAUGAAAAAGUAGGGCUGAUGACGGCACCUGCAUCCAAAGAGAGCAGAGAGAUUGGCUGCCAGACGGACGAGGCUGAGAGCUCUUCGUCAUUCAGCAUCCCGGCUCAAGGACUUCAGGGUCUCAUGGACCAGGGUGAGAGAGCUGUAUGUGGGUCCGAGGAGCAGCCGGAGCAGAACAUAUCCGGGAUGGAAAAGACUGAAACUCUGAGCAGUAUCAGUGACAGCAAGUCCUAUGAAGACAACAGAUCUGCACAGGAGAACCUACAAGAUAUCCGAAACAACGUGGUGGCGCUCCUCACGGCCCUCCUGCCCCAGCUGGACCUGGCUGGCAUCAGUCUGGAGACCACCGAUGUGGACAACAUUCUGCAGCAGAUCAUAGAAGUCAACUCACUGAAGAUAUGAUCAGUUCCGUUAGAUGUCGUCUGUUAAAGUUUGAUGCUUUUAACAAUGUUUAUCCAGUGGGAUGCACAUUGAUAUCUAGGUUUUGUUGGUUGCGUACACUUUUUGUUAGCUUGUGGCAGUUUUUGGUCACAUCAUUUUAAAUGUUAUGUCAUUGGUGGUGCUUUUAAGAAAUUGCAUUGUGAGCCAUUGCUGUUGUGAUUUUGUACCGUUUGUUUUGCCUUUUUUUUUUUUUUUUUUUUACUAAUUACAUCAGUUUUACACCUCUGUCAAGAUUUGUACCCAUAUCCUUUAUAAACAUGACUUUUUAAGAUUGCAUUAAAAUACUGAAAACAUUAA